CCCUCUUCCAAGAACCUUCUCCUCUCCUCUCCUCCCCUCCACUUUUCCAUGGAUUCAUUCAUCUCUCUCUCUCCUCAACAUUCCCUUCUCUCUCAUCCCCAUCAACAAACAUAACCUCUAAUCCCUCAAACCCAUGAUUUCCUCCUUCAUUCCCCACUGAAAUAAAAUCAAUCCAUCUCAUUCCCAUUUCCCACCAUCAAUUUUUAUUUAUUUUUUUAUUUUUUAUUUUAAAAAACUCCCUUUUUUUUCAUUUUUCAAUUUUCCCACCAAUCAUGAAGCCCCUCCAAACCCCGCCCUCCUCCGACGCCGCCGGAAAAUCCGCCCGCCGCCGCCGCUCCGACCUUACCCUCCCUCUCCCCCACCGAGACCCCUCCCUCGCCGUCCCCCUCCCCCUCCCCCCUCCCUCGUCCCCCGCCGCCCCCUCCUCCGCCCCCCAGCUCCAAUACUCCGACCUCGACCGCCUCAGCCGCAUCGGCAGCGGCGCCGGCGGCACCGUCUACAAGGUCCUCCACCGCCCCAGCGGCGGCGUGUACGCCCUCAAGGUCAUCUACGGUAACCACGAGGACGCCGUCCGCAACCAGAUGUGCCGCGAAAUCCAGAUCCUCCGCGACGUGGACCACCCCAACGUCGUGAAAUGCCACAACCUCUUCGACCACAGCGGAGAGAUUCAAGUCCUCCUCGAAUUCAUGGAUAAAGGCUCCCUCGAAGGCACACAUAUCCCCCACGAAAAAGCCCUCUCCGAUCUCGCUCAACAAGUCCUCUCCGGAUUGGCCUACCUCCACCGCCGCAAAAUCGUCCACCGCGACAUCAAACCCUCGAAUCUCCUAAUUAACUCGCGCCGCCUCGUCAAAAUCGCCGAUUUCGGCGUCUCUCGCGUCCUCGCGCAGACGAUGGACCCCUGCAAUUCAUCCGUCGGCACAAUUGCCUACAUGAGCCCGGAGCGGAUCAACACCGAUUUGAACCACGGCCAGUACGACGGCUACGCCGGCGACAUCUGGAGCUUAGGCGUCAGCAUUUUGGAAUUCUAUUUGGGGAAAUUCCCCUUCGCCGUGGGCAGGCAGGGGGAUUGGGCGAGCCUAAUGUGCGCGAUCUGUUUGGCGCAGCCGCCGGAGGCGCCGCCCUCCGCCAGCCGCGAAUUUAGGGAUUUCGUCUCCUGCUGCCUGCAAAGGGACCCGGCGAAGCGGCUCUCGGCGGCGCAGCUGCUCAAGCACCCCUUCAUCGUUCAGCACGCCUCCUCGCCCGGGGGCGGCGUGGCACAUCACCAGGCGGCGGCGCACCAGCUGCUGCCGCCGCCCCCGCGCCAGCAUUACUCCUCGGCUUGAUUGGAGGUUUAUUUUUGUUUGUUGUUUUUUUUUCUUUCUCGAAAAGCUUAAAAAUUUUAGUCUAAAAAUGGUAGUUUUUGUGGAUUAAUUUGAUGUUUUAGGAGGGAGAAUGAUGAUAUCAUGUACAACAAGGAGAAAAGUGAAUGAAUUCUAUCAUCAAAAA